CAGUACUCUUCCCCCUCUCUGUCUCUCUCCUUUGUAGAUAAGUAUUCCCUCAUUGUCCUUUCUGCUUUCAAGCAAAUGCUUCAUUACCAAUCUCACAUUCAACGACCAACUUGUAAACCCUAGCUCAUACUGAUCUCUCUAUCUCUCUGUUACUCUUUCUGUUGCUUCGAAUUUGGAUUCUACAAGGUGGUGAUAAGAAGUAAUGGCGGACGUUCGGAGGCAAGAAAGUGAGACCUUCGCUUUCCAGGCUGAGAUCAACCAACUUCUCAGCCUCAUAAUCAACACUUUUUACAGCAACAAAGAGAUUUUCAUUCGCGAACUCAUCAGCAAUGCAUCUGACGCGUUGGACAAAAUCCGAUACGAGAGCUUGACGGACAAGAGCAAGCUCGAUCCUCUGCCUGAGCUCUUCAUUAGAAUCGUUCCUGACAAAAUCAACAAGACCCUCUCUAUCAUCGAUAGCGGUACCGGAAUGACUAAAGCAGAUUUGGUGAAUAAUUUGGGGACUAUUGCGAGGUCGGGGACCAAGGAGUUCAUGGAGGCUUUGCAGGCGGGGUCUGACCUGAGUAUGAUUGGUCAGUUCGGUGUUGGUUUCUAUUCAUCUUUUUUGGUGGCUGAGAGGGUUAUUGUAACGACGAAGCAUACUGAUGAUGACCAGUACAUAUGGGAGUCUCAGGCUGGUGGAUCUUUCAUUGUUACUAGGGACGUUACUGGGGAGCGUCUGGGUAGGGGCACCAAAGUCACCCUCUUUCUCAAGGAAGAUCAAUUGGAGUACUUGGAAGAGAGGAGAUUGAAGGACCUUGUGAGAAAGCACUCUGAGUUCAUCAGCUACCCAAUAUACCUCUGGACUGAGAAGACUAUUGAGAAAGAGAUUAGUGAGGAUGAAGAUGAGGAAACCAACGAGGAAAAGGAGGGUGAUGUCGAGGAAGUUGAUGAGGAGGAAAAGACAGACAAAAAGAAGAAGAAGAUCAAGGAAGUGACCCAUGAAUGGGAACUCAUUAACAAGCAGAAGCCCAUUUGGCUCCGAAAACCAGAGGAGAUCACCAAGGAGGAGUAUGCUUCAUUCUACAAGAGCUUGACCAAUGAUUGGGAGGACCCCCUUGCUUGGAAACACUUCUCCGUUGAAGGGCAGCUUGAGUUCAAAUCCAUCCUCUUUGUCCCAAGGAGAGCUCCAUUUGAUCUCUUCGACACUAGGAAGAAGACAAACAACAUUAAGCUCUAUGUCAGGAGGGUCUUCAUCAUGGACAAUUGUGAAGAGCUCAUCCCCGAGUAUCUUGGUUUCGUGAAGGGUGUGGUGGACUCUGACGAUCUUCCACUCAACAUCUCUCGGGAGAUGCUCCAACAGAACAAGAUCUUGAAGGUGAUUAGGAAGAAUCUUGUGAAGAAGUGCAUUGAGAUGUUCUAUGAAAUUGCUGAGAAUAAAGAUGAUUACAAGAAGUUCGAUGAAACUUUCUCUAAGAACAUUAAGCUGGGUAUUCAUGAAGAUAGUCAGAACAGGGCUAAGCUGGCUGAUCUUCUCAGGUACUACUCCACAAAAAGUGGUGAUGAGAUGACCAGCUUGAAGGCCUAUGUUACAAGGAUGAAGGAGGGCCAGAAAUACAUUUACUAUAUCACUGGUGAGAGCAAGAAAGCUGUAGAGAACUCGCUAUUCUUGGAGAAGCUCAAGAAGAAGGGAUAUGAAGUUCUGUUCAUGAUUGAUGCCAUUGAUGAGUAUGUUGUGACGCAGUUGAAGGAAUACGAUGGGAAGAAACUCGUUUCUGCUACCAAGGAAGGACUGACGAUUGAAGAUGAGUCAGAGGAAGAGAAGCAAAAAAAGGAGGAAAAGAAGAAAUCCUUUGAAAAUCUGUGCAAAGUAAUAAAAGAUAUCCUUGGAGAAAGGGUGGAGAAAGUAGUUGUCUCGGAUAGGCUUGCAGAUUCACCAUGCUGUUUGGUCACUGGAGAGUAUGGUUGGACAGCUAACAUGGAGAGGAUAAUGAAGGCUCAGACUUUGAGGGACAACACCAUGGCCUCUUACAUGUCGAGCAAGAAGACUAUGGAGAUCAACCCGGACGAUCCCAUAAUGGGGGAGCUGAGAAAGAGGGCUGAGGCUGAUAAGAAUGAUAAGUCUGUGAGAGAUUUGGUGUUGCUGCUAUACGAGACUGCCCUUCUGACAUCUGGAUUCAGUCUCGAUGACCCAAACACAUUUGCUGCUAGAAUACAUAGGAUGCUGAAGCUGGGUCUAGGCAUUGAGGAAGACGAGAGUGGUGGUGAUGACACUGAGAUGCCACCACUGGAGGAGGAAGUGAAUGAAGAGAGCAAGAUGGAGGAAGUUGACUGAGAAGAUUGUCAUCAGUUGGAGAGAGUAACUUCCAUGUACAGGGUCAAGGGUUACUAUGUCGAUAGGAGGUUUCUGCCAUGUUUCAUUUUUCCUUUGUUCUCUUUCUUUUCUUUUUUUUUUUCGAUCUGUACAGUGUCUGGCUUUGAUCGUGGCUGUGAUAUGAGUCAGAUGAAAUGUUACCCUCCGGAAGGGACUUAGGUUGUAAUAUACAACCUGAAUGUGAUUUCAUAUCUCAAAAACCUCUCUCCCUGUACAUGGUUUGUAGCCUUAGGAAGGUAAGUUCUCUAUAUUAGUGAUAGAUCUUAACAAGAGUCAUU